ACCUUGCAAACAAAGAGUCUGAAAUCUGAACUAGAACUCAAAGCGAGUCAUUUCCAUCAACAGAUAACAGGUUUCUAAAAAGAAAAAUCUUUCUAUAAAUAGAAGGCAGGAAAAUCUAAGUACUCCAAUCUCCAUUUGUUCAAAGAUUUCUCCCCAAAAAAGAUAAUAAUUUGAAGUUUACGACUCUUGUCUCCUUCUCAAUUGUGCGUAAGCUCAAAAAAGAAAAACCCUAACAAAAUUCAUUCUUUCCUUUUUAUCACCAUUUCUUUUGAAUAAAUUCCGUCCAAGUCCCCUGUCUGCAACUAUAGCAUCAGGAAAAUAGGGGAAUUCGAAAUGUCGGAGCCGCCGACGAUCACUCACGUUUCCGAUAAGAACACCGUCGGCGAAUUAUCACCGCCGACGAGCUCGAAAUCCGUGACCGAUACAAUUAACGGCUCGCACCGGUUCGUGAUCCAAGGUUAUUCUUUAGCUAAAGGGAUGGGAGUCGGGAAACACAUCGCCAGUGAUACUUUCACCGUCGGCGGUCACCAGUGGGCGAUUUACUUUUAUCCGGACGGGAAGAACCCCGAGGAUAAUUCGGCGUAUGUUUCGGUGUUUAUUGCUUUGGCUAGUGAAGGAACGGAUGUUAGGGCUUUGUUUGAGUUGACUCUGGUCGAUCAGAGUGGUAAAGGAAAGCAUAAGGUUCAUAGUCACUUCGAUAGGUCUCUUGAGAGCGGGCCUUACACCUUGAAGUACCGUGGCAGCAUGUGGGGAUACAAACGGUUUUUUAGACGAGGAAUGCUCGAGACUUCAGAUUAUCUGAAGGACGACUGCUUGAAGAUUAAUUGCACUGUGGGAGUUGUGCGCUCUACAAUAGACUGUUCGAGCUUGCAUACAAUUCAGGUCUCAGACCCUGACAUUGGAGCACAUUUUGGCAUGCUUUUGGAAAAUAUGGAAGGCUCUGAUAUUAUUUUCAAUGUGGCUGGUGAAAAGUUUCAUGCUCAUAAGUUGGUAUUGGCUGCUCGUUCUCCUGUAUUCCGCACUGAAUACUUUGAUGGACAGGAUGUUGAUGAGCAGGAAAUUGUGGUUACUGAUAUGGAACCCGAGGUCUUCAAAGUUAUGCUGCACUUUGUAUACAAAGAUGCUCUUGUAGAAGAAGAGCUAGAAGCAACUAGUACUUCUUCUUCUACCCCCUGCAUAUCUGAUACUGUGACAGCAAAAUUGCUAUCAGCAGCUGAUCGCUAUAAUUUAACACGACUCAGGAGGUUGUGUGAGUCUCAUCUCUGCAAAGAUAUCUCUGUCAACUCUGUUGCACAAAUUCUUGCUUUAGCGGACCGUUACCAUGCCACUGAGCUCAAAGCAGUUUGCCUAAGAUUCGCUGCUGAAAAUCUUGCUGCUGUCAUGCAAUCAGAUGGGUUCGAAUACCUUAAAGAACAUAGCCCCUCUCUUCAGUCAGAGCUUCUUAAAACUGUGGCUGGUUGUGAGGAUGAUUGUAGCAGUGGAGGUGGUAAGUCUAAAAGUGUGUGGGCCCAGCUUUCAGACGGUGGUGAUACCAAUGGAAGGAGGGUUAGGCAAAGGACCUGAUUUUAGAUAUAGGAACUUGUUAAAAUUUGUUGUAUUGUAUAUUGGAGGGGAUGUGCUGGAAAUGUUGGGAAACUACAACAUUAGCAAUAGAAAGGUAAAUGUUCAUUAGUUGUCUGUAACAUCUUUGAUGAACAUCUCUUGUGUGUAUUGGUAUCCUGAAAGAUGACAAAUAGCCAGUUUGUAUACCUUCAUAGUAACGCUGAGUAUUGGUUCCCGUGAACUAGGUAAGGAAAAACUUGAUCAUGGAACACCACUACCUCUUGCUACUGCUACUAUGAAUAUGUAAUUCCUCCCAGUUGAAGGAUAGUGUUGUUUGUAUUUCAA